AUGCGCAAUCACUUCAUCUCUUCUACCACACCAAUGCUUCGCAACAUGUCUGUUUCUCGACCAGCUUGGCGGCUCGUCCAACCGCUACAGUCCGCUACACACCCUCUAGGUCUUCGCGCACAACGUGGAGUCCGCAAUUACUCCGUCUUCACCAAGGAUUGGAAGGGCAGUAACACGGAAGAUCACAUACGCAGUCGGUCCGAUAAGGGCGACAAUGAGGACGUACAUGCAGAGGCAUCUUCUUCCGCGACGAAAGAACGGGAGGAGAAUGCGGGAGUUGGAGAUGAUUCUAAGUCCGGGGCAGUUACUGAGAGGGGCGGGUCCAAGUCAAGCAAGAAAGCUAAACAAGACCAUCCCAAGGCACCAGAGCCUGUUGUAGGCAUGAAUGAAGAGCGAGGAAGGAAGGGAGACCAAGACUGA